AUGGCGACCAGUUCAAUUCUUGACCCCAAAGAAAUUUUAGAGACGCCUCAGAAUGAAAAGUCUUCCAAAGACGUUCUUGCUGCACAGCUCCUAGAGCCAUCCAAUCAUUUAACAUGGGACGUGCAAGAUAUUAUCCAAUCCAAGCCAUCCGUUGAUAAACAGAGAAUCUUCGAAUCAUUGUUGAUUCAGCCAGAACCUGUUAGCCGAAGCUCGUUUCGUUUUAAAAGAAGUGGUCUUAAAGGUGAGAUAGUUGGUUACAAGGAGGAGAUCAGGAUCUCUGAGCUCGAUAAUGCUACCUCCGCAAACUCACUUUCAAUCAAGAGAAAGUACGGACUGAAGCAGGACGCAACCAGCGGUAAGUCAAACUACCUUCCGUUCCAGCCGGGUGGCUUGUUCAGCAGCACGCUGACCAAUCAGACCCUCAAUACCCAACAGAAUAUGUCCGAAUUUCAAUUUUUGCAUAAGAAUAGUCUUGGAUUAUUCGACGUCCCACCAGGUUUCUCUCGUGGGCUUAAUAUAUCCGGUGCAGCUGACACCUCUGAGGGCGUUGACGAAUUGGAAGCUGGGGACGACGAAGAGGAGGUAACUGAGAAUGAUGGCGAACCUAUUGAGUCCGAUUUGAUGGGCAAGUUGAAGGACGAUGAAUCCAAAGACGAUGUUGGAAUCUCGGAAAUCGAUGAUUUGAUCCCAUUAGACUAUAUGAAAAUCAAAGCGAAGAUGGAGUCCGAGCAAAGAGUCAAGAAGAAUUGGGCGCACGUCGUUGAUCUUGACCACAAAAUAGAGAAUUUCCAGGAGGUGGUGCCCAACAUGGCUCGUGAAUGGCCCUUCGAACUUGACACAUUCCAGAAAGAAGCUGUGUAUCAUCUAGAACAAGGUGACUCGGUCUUUGUUGCCGCCCACACCUCGGCAGGUAAGACUGUUGUGGCAGAGUACGCUAUCGCAAUGGCAGCCAGAAACAUGACAAAAACGAUUUAUACCUCUCCAAUCAAAGCCUUGUCAAACCAAAAGUUUAGGGAUUUUAAAGAAACUUUCAAAGACAUGGAGAUCGGCUUGAUCACAGGUGAUGUGCAAAUCAACCCAGAGGCCAACUGCCUCAUCAUGACGACUGAAAUUUUGAGAUCCAUGUUGUAUCGUGGUGCAGAUUUGAUUCGUGAUGUUGAAUUCGUGAUCUUUGAUGAAGUCCAUUAUGUUAAUGAUAUCGAUCGUGGUGUCGUUUGGGAGGAGGUGAUUAUUAUGCUUCCAGACCAUGUCAAAUACAUUCUCUUAUCAGCAACGGUGCCAAAUACGUUUGAAUUUGCCAAUUGGGUGGGCAGAACAAAGCAAAAGGAUAUGUAUGUCAUUUCCACGCCCAAGAGACCCGUUCCAUUGGAGAUCUUCAUAUGGGGUAAGAAAAACCUUCACAAAGCUAUCAACGCCCAGGGUGUUUUCCUCGAAUCAGAAUUCAGAAAAUAUAGGGAUAUUAUGGCACCUCCGCAAAAAGAUCAACCCCCUAAUGUGACUGUGAGUUACGGUCUGAGAAAGGGCCCUGGCGGAACGGCUAGAGGUGGAAACAGAGGUGGUGGACAGGCUGGUAGAGGCGCUCCUGCCGGAAGAGGCGGAAGAGGUGGUGCUCCUAGUGGAAGAGGAAGAGGUGGAGCCAACUCUGGCGCUCGGUUUGCAAGAGAUGGCCCCAACAAAGGUACAUGGACUGAAUUGGUGCAGUAUUUGAAUCUGAACAAAUUGCUUCCUGCUGUUAUCUUUGUGUUCUCCAAAAAGAGGUGUGAAGAAUACGCAAACACCAUGAGUGGUGUUCAGUUUUGCAAUGCGAAGGAAAGAUCCGAAAUUCAUAUGUUCAUUGACAGAGCUGUCUCUCGUUUGAAAAGAGAGGAUCGCGAGUUGCCCCAAAUCUUAGCUGUGAGAGACAUGCUCAGCAGAGGUAUAGCAGUCCAUCACGGUGGUCUUCUUCCAAUUGUCAAAGAAUGCAUUGAGAUCCUUUUUGCCAAGUCUUUGGUGAAAGUCCUUUUCGCAACUGAAACCUUUGCAAUGGGAUUGAAUCUACCAACGAGAACAGUUGUGUUUUCUGAAUUGAGGAAGCAUGACGGACGAGGUUUUAGAAAUUUGUUGCCAGGUGAAUUCACACAAAUGGCUGGUAGAGCUGGAAGAAGAGGCCUUGACUCCACGGGUACUGUGAUUGUCAUGUCUUACAAUCAGCCAUUGUCCCCAACCGAUUUUAAAGAGACCACCAUGGGUACUCCAACCAAGCUUCUGUCCCAAUUCAGAUUGACGUAUAACAUGAUUUUAAAUCUUUUGCGUAUUGAGGCUUUAAGGGUGGAAGAAAUGAUCAAGCACUCUUUCAGUGAAAAUUCAACGCAGACAUUACUUCCAGAGCAUCAGAAGAAGGUUGAACAACUCAAGGAGGAGCUCAACUCAACACGGGUCGAGACCAACUCCGAGAUUGAGAAGUACAAACAUGCAUACUCGAUCAUCUCACAGUAUCAAGAAGUGUAUGGGCAAAUUGUUGCAGAGGUUUCUAAUCUGACAUUGACCAGAACUGCUCUUUUGCAUGUCGGAAAACUUAUGUGUUUCGUGGAUGAUAAGGGUCUUUCGAGGACAGGUUUCCUUGUUAAGUGUGACUUGAACUCAAACAUGAUGAUUUUCCUCACUUUCGAUCAUGGUCGAAGUUUUGAAGAACAAGAACAAUCGCUUCCAUUCCUUCCAGUGCCGCAAUACCUCAAAAGUACAAGGCCGGAGAUUCGCUACAGUGGGGGUCUCAGAACGACGAGUGUUCCCUUUUCAAAUGUUCAAUUUGUCAGCUCCUUUGCUUUAAGAACUAAUUUCAGAAAACUUCUUAGUAACAAAGAGGAUACCGUGAAGGAAGCAGAAGACAUCAUUCAACGAAUUUUGCAUCUGCAGCUUUUCUGGUACGAGCUAGAGUAUCAAAAAGCUGUUCAACUAUCAUUGCAUGAACUCGUCAACAAAAAGAACGAUCUCGUUUCACAGUUGAGAGAUAUGGACAUUUAUAAAAAGCCUGACUUCAAGAGAAUCUACUCUCAAUUGGCUAAGCAAGACACAAUUGAGCGCAAGAUAGAGUCAUUGAAUCUUUUGAUUUCGGACGAGAAUUUGGAAUUGCUUCCUGAUUAUGAACAGAGAUUGAAGGUACUUCAAGCUCUUGGUUUCAUUGAUGAUCAGCAGCGGGUUGUACUUAAAGGCCGUGUGGCGUGUGAGAUUAAUUCGGGUUGGGAGUUAGUUCUUACAGAGCUCAUCCUUGACAACUUCUUGGGUGAUUUCCAGCCUGAGGAGAUUGUUGCUCUCCUCUCAUGUUUCGUGUAUGAAGGAAGGACCAACGAAGAGGAGGAGCCUCCAAUGACACCCAGAUUAGAAAAAGGAAAGGACCAGAUCCUCAAAAUCACGGAGAAGCUCCUCAAGGUCUACAACGAGCACCAAGUAUCACUCACGGCUGAGGAGGAAGAGUUCAUUGAGCGCAAGAGAUUCGCCUUGGUUAAUGUGGUGUAUGAAUGGGCAAGAGGCUUGACAUUUAGUGAAAUUAUGCAAAUUUCUGUCGAAUCUGAGGGUACAAUUGUUCGUGUGAUUACAAGAUUGGAUGAAAUCUGUCGCCAGGUCAAGAAUGCUGCUUUGAUUGUUGGUGACUCUACGUUGCAUUCGAAGAUGAAUGAGGCUCAAGAGAAGAUCAAGAGAGAUAUCGUUUUCUGUGCGUCAUUAUAUCUAUAA